AUGGCCUCUAAAUCUCAAGAGAGCAUCAUCAUAGGGCCCAAGCCCACCAAAGCAUGCGUCAACUGUCGGCGCCAAAAGAUGAAAUGCCAGGUUGAGCCGGGCUCGAGUGUAUGCAGACGCUGUCGCGUCCAGAAAAUCGACUGCAUUUUCAAACCCCGCGCAAAUGCCGCUAUCAUCAGAGAAUCCGUCGACGUGAGGCCCGAGCAGACCAAAAGAGCCUCGGUCUCGGAUCCUAGUUCGGUGCUUGGACGCCUUGAAGUUAUCGAGGCUCUUCUCGGAAUCCGCUCGGCUUCUAAGCCAGCCCACUCUUCCCCCGGUAGCCAAACCGAUGCUGGUCCGUCGGGUGCUUUUCUGUCGCUAGAGGAUGACGAAGACCCUGAGUUCAGCGGGCUCAGGCCGGCUGUCUCUCAGCUAAGAUGCCUCGCAAGACAGCCCCAGAACGACAGAAUCUGGGCGCCCUCCGUCAUGAAGCAGCUAUGGACCUCAUUCCACGACAACGUGCCGGGCCUCCACUUCCUGUCUAAGAAGCAGACCUUCUCCUCCCCCACGCCCCUUCUUCUUGCAUCCGUCCUAUACGUGUCGGCCCUGCAUCACCCUGUCGCCGACGUUGCUUCACUGGCCCCGGACUACUUUGUACUGACUUGUAGCGCUAUUUCCGACCUGUCCGUCCCCUCGCCGCGCCAAAAUGAGCCAUUCAACGACGAGAACCUUUCCGAGGAGCAGCGGGGAUUCCAGGAUGUUCUUGGCCUAAUCCUUGCCGGACUUGUGUCGGAAGCUUACAUCAAGGAGACCGGCAUCUGGAUCUCGAUCGGCUAUAGAAUCCUUCUCGACUACUGCCCGAUGAACAUUGAUGAAAGGUCACGAGAGUGGUGCGGUCUCUUCCGAGGGCUCCAGAUUAUCGAUCUGGAACACGCCUCUUUGUACAUGUCUUGCCCGAUUCUGCCACGAAAGGCGCCCUUGGCGUCACUGCUGCAACUGCAAACAUCUGGCGGAGAUCCGUACGAUCAUCUUACUCAGAUGAUGCAUAUCGGUCUGUCGCAUUUCACUGGCCGCGGGAUUCCAACAAUAUGGUCUUUCAUUUUUUCCCAUGAGGCGGAUCGCUCGUCGCAAGCAGCUACACCGUUCACAGAAAAUGACCUUGGUGUCAUUAAGCACUGGGCUCGCCAGCUUGAUGACUGGCUUGUUCGAUACAGCGGAGUAUCGCGACCGUCGGCGAUUGACAACCCUAAUCUUGCUUUAUUCCGACAGUACAUACUGCAACGGCUGUUUGUUCUGUCAAUUUACCACCCCGCAAGAGGCUUCAAUAUGUUUGCCAGGAAUGUGGCAUCCGCCGAGCGCCAAGAGCUUCUCCUUUCUGCUCGCGCUGCGCUUAGACUGCACAAUGACGAUCACGGAAUCUGGAGUAAUUGGGACUUGGUGAUGAUUACAUGGGCUGCUCUGCUAGUGCUCCAAGGCAUAGAAGAUGGCACGGGUGAAUCAGACGACCUUCGCCUGAUACAAUCGCACCUCUUGACCCUCAAGCACACAAGCCAACCCCCGCCCAGUCUCCGCCAUCAACUAGCCUCCCGCCUCGAGACCGAUCUCCAGCGCUUGCGAACCCCUCCGACCAGUCCGUCUAGCAAUCCCAACACCAGCUCUCUCGCAUCCGCGAACAAUCCCAGCGACACGAACCCGUGGGCUCUGUUCAACCAAGAUAGCAUCCGCCUGGACUCUCCAUCGUGGCAAUUCGCACCGAAGCAAAACUAUUUCAAUGGACCAAUGUCCGUGGACGGCCAACAGCAACAGCAGCAACAAAUUCCCAUCGAUCCCAUGGCCGUACAAGGGACUCCGUCAAUCAUCCCUCAGCCAGGGGCCAACGGAUCGAUCGGACCUGAGCAGUGGCCGCCGGCGCUCAUGCGCUUGUUCGGCGGCGGCGAGUUCGACAUCGAUCCGGAGAGCGGCGAGCCGGUCAAUGAUGUCAUGUAG